GGAUUCGGAGUCUAUGCUCUAGAACGACCAGAUUAUCGGAAACCUAAUUAUAUACUAAUCGAUAUUGAAACAAUCGUUAAAUCAACGACGUCUCAUUUCAUUUCCGCGACUUUAAUUGAUCUUCUCAAGAGGACAAUUUAAAGCAGAAGAAACCCGUUUUCUCUCCGGGAAACAAACGCUCCGAAUCUCCAGGAUCUAGCUCCAGAGCCCAAAUAGGGCGGUUAAUCUAAGAAUCGUCCCCUCGCCUUUCGGACGUCGUCCACGAGACAGACGGCGACGGGCGUCGAUUCUUCGGAUCGCCGGCGUCGCUGGCGUCGCCGCUGGGGGUGGUGGGUGGUGCGGUGGCCGCCGCGCAUGUUUCUUCUCGGACGGGAAAACGGAUCGAUGCUGGAAAUAGCUCGGCCCGCAGGAGAGAGUACGAGGUGAGUCGCCUUCGCUUUCGGCAGGGCCUCUCUCGAUGCUCGACGCCGUUGUCGCCGCUGUCGUUGUUCGCCGCUCGUUUCCAGAAGGCACAUAAGCUUCCGCCCGCGCAUCUUCCGUCGUCGCCGAGGAUCCUCCGUCGGUUUGAUCUCGCGGCGCGGCCGCCGUCGUUGACGUUUUUCUUUCUCUCUUUCUCUCUCUCUUUCUCUCCCUUUUCUUCUCUCUCUCUCUCUCUCUCUUUCUCUUUGAACUGAGUACACCGGCACACGGAGCCACGACCAAGCCGGGGACCAAGCCGAGCGGGAUGACGCGGAAAAAAUGUGUGCCGUACCAACGUGGCUGAUGAGGCUGAAAUCGAGCCUCUCGCACACCACAGUAGGUCUUAGAGGAUGCACAAGCUAGCCAAAGGCCUGAAGAAGAAGAAAAAGUCGAAGAAGGGCAAGAAGGGCGCGGAGGAGGAAUUUGAUCCGGAGGAGCUCGAGCGUUAUCGGCGCGAGCGGGCGGAGGCCCAACAGAAAGCCGAGGAGUCCGGCGGAUCGACUGCUGGUUCCGACGAGUGGAAAAAGUUCCAGGCUCUGACUGCCGGUGUCGACUCGGUUUUGCGAAAGACCCAAGAUGACCUCGAUCGGAUAAAGUCCACCUCGUUCUUCCAGCGAAAAGCGCCGUUGGAAGAGAAGAAAGACGAGGCGAAACAAGGCGAAGAUUCCAAGAAGUGGGUUGGUUUCGACGCAGAGGGUAAUCCAAUCGAGGCUGCACCGCCAGAGACUGACCAGGAUAAGAACAAAAAAGGGAAGCCGCUGAUCAACGAGGACGGUUUUGUGGAAGUGCCAGAAGACGAGGAUGAGCAGGAAGACUCCGCCGACGAGGAUAUCUUCGACACCACUUAUGUCGACGUUCUCCAGAAUAUCGAUAUCCAAUUAGCUUAUAUACCGGAUAGUCCGACCGAGGAGGAAACCGGUGACGAUCCAUUUGACACCACCAAUGCCGAUAAGGUUCUCAAGACAGUCGACAAGAAGGGCAAAAAGUUAGUCAGUUUAGGUAAUGCCGUCGAGGUAUUAUCGGGAAGGAUCGAUCAUGUAAGCACUUGCAAGAUUACCAAAGGAAGACGACCGAGACUUCAACAGGAUCUAUUGUUGGACGAUUUCGAAGAAGCGGAUCAGCCUCCAGAAACCGUUGUAGCGGAGCCGGUGGAGGUAGAGAAGACUCUGCUGGACGACGAUAGCGAUCUUCCUGACAUUCCUGUCGAUUUGACAAAGUUGCCGCCUGUAUUACCGAGGCCAGUCACUCCUGUCACUCCCCUUCAAGAAGAUACGACAUCGACAGCUGCGGAGAAAACUUUGAACGGUCCGUUAGAUAUCUCUGAGUUUGAGGUGCUAAAGGAGAAAACUAUCUUGGAGGAGAUACCUGACUUGGAUGAUGCUGAAUUCGAUUUGAACGCUGCGCCCGAUGAACCAGUUCGUCUGGAGGAGGCCGACGAUCCGUUUGCCGCAAAGGAGCCCGAAACGGUCGACUUUCAGACAGAUAUAAUCGAAGCCAGCUUUGAAGCGGCUACCUUCGUUGAUGAGGCCGAUCCAUUCGAUACCACAUUUGCGGAUAAUAUUCUGCCGGGUAAAGCGGAAUUGAAAUUUAUUGAGAAGGAGCUUGAAGAAUUGCCUGUCUCGGAAGUAUCUAUAUCCCUGACUGAUCCCGCUGGCUUGAAUAGAGAUUAUGAAACUGGUCUGCUGAAGGACGACGAGCAGAAAAGCAGUCAUGACAGUCUGCAGUUACUUAAAAAGGAUCUGCUAGGUGGUUCUACGACUGAUCUUAGCCAAUUGGCGGAUCAACCGAUCGCACCAGUCGAAGAGAUCACAUACGUCGAUCCGUUUGAUACAUCUGCAGUGCAAGAACUUCCACCUGGUAAAACAGAGCUCAAGGUCUUGGAGAAGGAGUUGCUUGGCGAACAGUCCAACAACUGCGUCGAGAACGACGACGAGGACGACGACUUCAAUCCAAGGAAGGAUGAGGUGCCAAUAAAGCAAUCGCCAUCCGUGAAACAACCGCCUGGAAGACCACCCGUGCCAGUUAAGCCCGUAUUUGAGGUUGCCUUUGACGAGGAGAAUACCAAGGUUGAAGCGACACCAACGAAUCUCACGAAGAAUACUUCGCGACCUGAGAUUCUCGAGUUAGCUCCGACCAAAGCCGUCGCAUUCGAAUUGCCAACGCCAUCGAAGAGGCCCGACCUUCUCGCGACUACCGAAGAGGAGAAGACUCUACCUUCUAAGCCAUUGACGCCAUACUACUCGGAGAAGUCCAUAGAAGAGUCGUUACCGUUGGAGGAAGAGGAAGUAGAUGUCGAUCCAUUCGACACAAGUUUUGUCAACAGUGUCGCGCCAGGCAAGACAGAACUCAAACUUAUCGAGUCGGAGCUGCUGAAGCAGGAACCCAAAUUGUCUCACAGCUUGAGCGAUCACGAUUUUGAUCCGAGAUCUGCCGCCGAGCCAAUCAGGAGACAGAGUGACUUUACCGCUACUUCGAUUGCACCGACCAGCCUAAAACUCGCGCAGCUACAAUCAUCGCUGAUACAGAAGGUAGAAGAGGAAGUGAUCGCGAAACAAGAACCACAAAGGCAAGAAAGUUUGCUAGAUGCAGAGGUCGAGGUCGAUGCAAAACCUUUGACACCUAAGAUCGAGAACAAGCCCAUUGAAGAGGAGGAGAUUUCGUACUCAGAUCCCUUCGAUACUUCCAUUGCGACUAACAUCCUUCCUGGUAAAGCAGAACUAAAAAUAUUGGAGAGCGAGUUAGAACAGAUCCCUCAGCAACCGCCGCCACGUCCUAUCAAUUUACCCGCAGUGGUGCCAAUCAUCCCGGUAUCGACAGUUCCGGAAAUCGACGAUUUUGAUCCAAGAGCGCACGAGGUAAAAGAGUCCAAGGACUUUUUGGCUUUGGACGGACAGGAUCCCGGCGAUAAAGUGUUGACACCACUUCAGAACAAGGACUUUAGUUUAAACGACGACGUGGAUCCUUUCGACACAAGUUUCGCGACCAUUGAGCCUGGACGAACUGAAUUGAAGCUGCUUGAAUCAGAAUUGAUGAAGUAUUCAAUCAUGGAUUCCAAGGGUGGUAAUCCAUUCUUGAUGGAUGAUUACGCGGCGCAGCCGGAGAGCGGCCUGCCUCCGCAGGCUUCCAAUCCUUUUCUCCAGGAUUUCGCCGACACGACAAGUUCCGGUGCGGGCGAGAAUCCUUUUCUGAAUUUCAGUAGCGAUCAGACAUACGAGCCGUCAGCGAUGUCCACCGAAUCUACUAAUCCCUUCGCCUCUUUUGGCAUCGAAAGUAACGCUCCGGAUGCCGGAUUCGGGGCAAUCACCGAUACUAAUACGCCAGCAACCAACGUCUUCACUAGCCAAUCAUCCGACAUUUUCGGCACGUCUAAUAACACGAAUGUGGAUCUAUUGGGCACGAUUUCGAUGACGACGACAACGACGACGACCAUGACAACGACCAUGACGACGACGAUAGAGAAACAACCAGCGCCGAUUGUCAGUCCACCGCAGCAACCGGCAGCGACGCCUCCGUCGAAGAAUGGAAAGCCACCACCGUCGAGACCUCCGCCACCCAGACCGCAACCCCCGCCGGUGCCACCCGCCAAAAACACAAAAGACCUGAUACUGUCGGUCACAGGUGCUAUGGACGCCACUUCGAAUCAUCUUUUAGAUCGCUUGCAGAUGACUAGAACACCUAGCCCGACCUUGAUGCAUUCCCCGUCGCCUACCCCGGAGCACAGCUUCGCCGAUCUUCUGGACGUCGACAGCAACGUGCCAGAUCUUAUUCCGGAUGACAACAACAAGGCCAGUGAGUCGGCGGGCAAUCAAGACAUCAUGGACCUCUUCAAUGCGCCAAACACGGAUGUCACUGCAUCCACCAUCUUCUCCACUUCCAUGACCACCACGGGCACUACCAGCCUCGUCACUGGAAUACCCGCCAAGCAAGAUAAUCCCUUCGCGAGUAUGAGCGAGGAAGCGAAACUUCCGGUGGCCUCACAAGCACAACCUGUUUUCGGAGCGGAAUAUCCGAAGGAUGCUGUCAGUAACGAGAAACGGCCUUCGAUAACUUCCGCAAGUCCUUUCGUGGAUGUCGAAACGGAAGUGGGAAAAUCCGGCAGUGUUCUGGACCUCGCAGAAUCCGCCCCUACCGUUCAACCCGCAUCGACAGCGGCUACUGAACUCUUCCAAGGAGGAGAGCAAGUUUCCAACACUGACGUCAACUUUUUCUCCAUGACUGACACUACCACAGCAACGCCGUUCAGUGUAUCCGAAGCUACUUCCGCGCCUUUUGCAGCUGCAUCGACUGCUCAGCCCUUGUUCGCGACAUCAGAGAUCACGCAACCCGUUCAAGACGCCUUCGCCUCAGAUCUACUGGGUGACUUCGGUGAACCGACCAAAGAGACUGACGGCGGUCUAAUCUCCACUAGUCCGAUCCCCGGAACGGAGUUUCCCGGCAACGAGGCUUACCGACCCGAAGAGCAGCUGGAUAACUUCGCUGCUACGACUAAGGCGAUCGAGGAAACCGGCGAUUCGUUCGACGCCUUUGCGUCCAAGUUUGAUAAGGCUGCCGAACCAGAAACCAACGGAGGAGAUCCCUUCCUGGAUGCCUUCGGUGGCGGACCGACUGCCAUGGACACCUCUAGCGAUGUUUGGGGAGAUUCGUCAGUGGCUGGCUCGGAAACGGCAAUUACCGGUUUCGGUGAAUCCGAUGGUUUUGAUUCCUUCUUGAGCAUGACAGCUCCGCCGCCAGACACGAAAGUGAAAAGAGCCGAGUCCGCGGAGUCGGAUGAGGGACCGGAUUUCAGUGUUUUCAUCAAACCGAAAGAAGGAGAUCAGAUGGCAAUGACAGAAAGCGGGCCUGUACCUACAUUAGCACCGCCACCUAAGAGUCCGCAGGUGGUUGCAUACGCAGAUUCCUCGCCGCGUUUCAAUCCGUUCGAUAAAUCCGGAAUUGCGCAAGAUGCUGUGGUAUCCGAAACCGCUCAGACAGCCGAGAUGACCAGGACAGAUUCCCAGGAAACUCCGCCUACUCCCUUAUUCGACGAAGACGUUAGCCAACCGCUCGAGGACUUCCCGAGGGUAACUUAUACCGGCGAUGGUUGGGAGAUGCAGUUACGUCAGCCGAACAAGAAGAAAAUCACAGGGCAACGAUUCUGGAAGAAAAUCUUCGUUAAACUCGUCUAUCAGGCUGACAGUCCGAUUCUUCAGCUGUUCAAUAACAAGGACGACAAAGAUCCAUUUCAAGAAUUACCUCUGCUCUCCUGUUAUUCGGUUUCGGAUAUCGGCGCCCAGCAAUUCGAUCAGUACGGGAAGAUCUUUACGGUAAAGCUGCAGUACAUCUUCUACAAGGAGAGGCCGGGCGUUCGACCCGGUCAAGUCACGAAAGCGGAAAGGAUCACGAACAAGCUGAGCCAGUUUGCGGCAUACGCUAUCCAGGGGGAUUACCAAGGCGUUAAAGAGUUCGGCAGUGAUCUGAAGAAACUGGGUCUUCCUGUUGAACAUUCACCUCAAAUUUCGCAGCUAUUCAAACUCGGUUCUCAAUGUUACGAAGAUAUGAAACAAUUCUCUUGCGCCAUCGAGGAGGCUCUCUUCAGGUUAUCGGUGCACCGAGAUCGAGCAUUACAUUACAAAACGGAAGAGGUCCAAAUAACGGUCGUAGAUGAGUUGUAUGUCGAGCAGAGUGCGAAAGGUCACGUGGAGAAGCAGAUUGCACGCGUUCGUCUUUUCUUCUUGGGAUUCCUUUCCGGUAUGCCCGACGUAGAAUUAGGAAUAAAUGAUAUGUGGCGACAAGGUAAAGAAGUCGUCGGCAGACACGACAUUAUCCCGGUCGUAACGGAGGAAUGGAUUCGUUUGGAGAACGUCGAGUUCCACUCCUGCGUGCAGCAGGACGAGUACGAGAGAUCGCGGAUAAUCAAGUUCAAGCCACCUGAUGCAUGUUACAUUGAAUUGAUGCGGUUCCGUGUAAGACCGCCUAAAAACAGAGAAUUGCCGCUUCAGCUAAAAGCUGUCAUGUGCAUUACUGGGAACAAGGUGGAGUUGAGAGCUGAUAUUCUCGUGCCGGGUUUCGCAUCCAGGAAACUGGGCCAAAUACCAUGCGAAGACGUGAUGGUUCGCUUUCCUAUACCCGAAUGCUGGAUUUACCUCUUCAGAGUGGAGAAGCAUUUCAGGUAUGGCUCAGUGAAAUCAGCGCAUAGGAGAACCGGAAAGAUCAAGGGUAUCGAGAGGUUCUUGGGCGCCGUUGAUACGUUAGAACCGCAACUGAUGGAGGUCACUUCCGGUCAGGCGAAAUAUGAACAUCAGCAUCGCGCUAUCGUAUGGAGGAUGCCUAGGCUGCCUAAAGAGGGACAAGGCGCGUAUACGACGCAUCAGCUGGUUUGCCGUAUGGCACUCACAUCCUAUGAUCAGAUCCCCGAAAAUCUCUCAGAGUACUGUUACGUGGAGUUCACGAUGCCGGCGACCCAGGUCUCCCAUACCACCGCGAGGAGCGUCAGCCUUCAAAAUACCGACAGUGAUGCGCCUCCGGAGAAGUAUGUCCGAAAUUUAUCGCGUCACGAAUAUAGAGUGGGGAUCGAGCAUACGCAGGGUGAAGGACCGAAUCCGUACGUUGCGGCAACGAUCGCGAAGAAGAUACCGGAAAGCACGCCGGAGACUCACAGCGAGGCGUCGGACGCGGCGGCCGAGUCCGAUUCCUUCUCUUCAGAUUAAUCUCGGUCGCUGGAUCGAACAUCCGUGAUAAUUAGUGCGUACCGAGACGAGAGAGAAAGAAGUGGAGAAGAGCGCGGGAGCGGAAGAAUUAAAGAGAACACGUUACGUAAGUCGAGAUGGAUUGGAUGAAGAAUCGCGUAUGACCGAGUCUAGUCGUUUAUAAGAGAACGUGAAUAUAAAUACUGUUUCAUGUAUUAAUCUGUAUACAAAGAGAAAAUGUGCGCGCGAACGCGAGGAUGUUUUGUAAAUCGCCGAUAAAUUCUGCACGUGUGUGCGAGAGCGUAAUGGCUUUGCGCGUUAAGUUAACGUUCGAAAUUAUGGACGAAUAAAAUGGAACCAGGUCAGCAGAAACCUGAGAUUAGUCGAGCUAUCAGGAAGCAUCUUCAAAAGUGUGGCGCGCAAAAAACACAACGAUUAUCCUAAAACUGUCCGAUCAGAGUCACAUAGAUCGCGAGAAUAAAUCGUUCGAGAUUCCUUUCCCCUCCCCUCAAAAAAAAAAAAAAAAGAUUAGCCUCGAUUUUGGAAAAUUUUCACAUCUACACUUUUUUCUUCGGACUGGACUGAUGCUUUUAUCUCGAUUUAAUCUGUAAUUAUCGUAGAAAAAUAAUCUUGCAAGCAGGCGAUUCAUGAUACAUCUCGUCCGUAUUCGCGCGCAAUAAUUAUAGCGAUUAUAAUGAGAAGUAAAGUAAACGGAGGAAAUAAGUUUGUGAAAAACGGAAGGACAAUAUCGCUUUUUCGUUCCAUUUAGCUUGUUAAGUCGUGACACUCGCGGUGGAAAGCUUUGUGUUCAUGACGACGUUUCAAAGACUUAUCUCGAUACUCUCAUGGCUAUGAAAAUCUAUUAUUGAUAAGAACAGUCGCGUGCUUUUUUAAACGAUCGGAUCGUAAAUAUUACACGUUAUUUUCCGUCCAAAAAUUUGCAUUAAAAUUAUUUAGACCUAUUGUUUGAAUCUUUUAAUCUAUCACGAGAAUGACAACAUUCAUAAAUUAUUAUAGAUUUUAAAUUGAUUAUUAUACAAAUAUUUUAUUGAUAUAUUUUAAAAGUUUUAAUUUUGUAUUAUUUUAAUGUCAGAAUAUUAAUAACGUUAUCGAAAUUUUUCCAUAAAUUAUUUAAUGGAAACGUUAUCCGCAGCAAAGAGAAAGAUACAGAUAACGAACACAUUGUAUUAAAUAACGUUGUCGUUGCGAUCAGAGAGCAAUGAUCUGUUAGAUAUUAUGGUUUUAUAGACGCAAGCAUAUCCCAUUGUUUUUUGAGCUUAUAAAGAAUCUACGCAUACCGUUAUCUAGUCGCUAAUAGAUAUUAAGUAGAUAAAUCAAUUUAUUCGUGUGUGCGUUAUACAAAAUUGUCUGUAGGAUAGCGUGCGGGCAACAAUAAUAUAGGUAUCGAUAAUUUUACAACACUGGAGUGUCCAUCGUGUGUGCGUAAUACUAGCUCAACGAGAAUGCGAUAAAUUCGUAAGACUGCGAGAGAAUACGUCUAGUCUUUAAUGAUAUUCGUUAUUUAAGCGUUAAUAAUCUCUAAGUGCUUGUAGCGUUAGUUAUGCGAUCUCUAGAAAUGUAAGUUUCCGUUUUCAUUAUCGUUUUACUUUCGUCAUUUUCCGGUCGGUGCGCAACAUAGUACCGACUUGUGGCAGAAAAGCAGCAUCACCAAAUAUUAGACUUAAGAUUUACUGUACUAGUGGCAUAAUUAUUUCGCGGGAUUAUUAAAUCGCUCGAAAUCCCGCGAUUUAAUUAUAUUAUGGUUAUAAUUAAAUUGCGGGAUUUCGAGCGAGAGUACAUAAUAUAGAGAGAAAUCUCCAUUAAUUAUCCAUGAAAUACAAAAUACUCUCGUCGCACGUUUAGUAGACAUUAAGAUAUAUUGAAUAUAUAUAAAAAUAUAUUGAAAUGAUUAGAGAUGUAAGUUUCAGUUAUGUUUUGAAUUUUUUGUUGACACGUUCUCAACCUGCAAGAAAGGUCAGAAGAGUUGAUUCUAGUCCCUAGCUAUUAAGAGAAAUGUACGACACGGACAUACCGUCGAUCGUAUAUUAGUUUAAUAAGGUCUAGAUUAAGGCUCUAGAUUAUAAGUGCAACUUCCGUCAUUCGGCAGUGAGUAAUAUUAUAUAUAUAUAU